GCAAGUCGGAGGCAGCAAGAUGGCGGCCGCUGCGGAAGGUUGCGAUGUUGGGGUCGAAGCGGACCGGGAACUGGAGGAGCUUCUGGAAAGUGCUCUUGAUGAUUUCGAUAAAGCCAAACCCGCCCCAGCACCCCCUCCUACCACCUCGGCCCCAGAUGCUUCAGGGCCCCAGAAGAGAUCGCCAGGAGACACUGCCAAAGAUGCCCUCUUCGCCUCCCAAGAGAAGUUUUUCCAGGAACUGUUUGACAGUGAGCUGGCCUCCCAAGCCACAGCGGAGUUCGAGAAGGCAAUGAAGGAGCUGGCUGAAGAAGAGCCCCACCUGGUGGAGCAGUUCCAAAGGCUCUCAGAGGCGGCUGGGAGAGUGGGGAGUGAUGCAAACUCUCAACAAGAAUUUACUUCUUGCCUAAAGGAGACGUUAAGUGGGCUAGCCAAAAAUGCCACUGACCUUCAGAACUCAGGCAUGUCUGAAGAGGAGCUGACCAAAGCCAUGGAAGGGCUGGGCAUGGAUGAAGGGGAUGCGGAAGGGAACAUUCUCCCCAUCAUGCAGAGUAUCAUGCAGAACCUACUGUCUAAGGAUGUACUUUACCCAUCCCUGAAGGAGAUCACGGAAAAGUAUCCAGAAUGGUUGCAGAGUCACCAGGAAUCUAUUCCUCCAGAGCAGUUCGAAAAAUAUCAGGAGCAGCACAUUGUUAUGGGCAAAAUAUGUGAGCAGUUUGAGGCAGAGACACCCACGGACAGUGAGGCUACUCACAGGGCUCGUUUUGAGACGGUGCUAGACCUCAUGCAGCAGUUACAGGACUUGGGCCAUCCUCCAAAAGAGCUGGCUGGGGAGAUGCCUCCUGGCCUCAACUUUGACCUGGAUACCCUCAAUCUGUCGGGCCCACCAGGUGCCAAUGGCGAACAGUGUCUGAUCAUGUGAAACACAACACGUUUUUCCUCCCUGAGUCCCAGCCAUGGGGAGCAUCUGGAGUCAGCAGAACCACUGGGAACUGAGUCAGGAGUAUCGUCUCUGGGAGCCAGCUGCCCCCCACUCUCUACAUCCCAUUCAAGACUGUGCCAUACCAGCUGAGGAUCUGUUCUGUAGGCCAUUUCUAUGAGCCGUACUCCAUCAUGCGCUCUGCUGUUAGAAACAGGCCAAUUCAUUGCCAGGUGGAGGAAGGCAUCCCUUUUGGGGCAUUUCACUUCUUCCCGCUCCCAAAAGUAAUGUUAUAUAUGACUGUACUCAUGCCCCCUUGAUUCCCAGGGACUUCGUGCCUUGUUUCUGCUCCCUGCCUUGGAGCUGGGGAGCAGGAGCUGAGUCCUUAGACUUUGUGUUUCCAUUAGGCAGGGCCUCUGGGAGUGAGGAGAAAUGGAGCCUGCCCUGGGGCUGGACGUUUGUCACCACAUCUCCUUCCCUUCAUUUUGAACUCUGAAGGGAAAGGAACUUUGCACUUACCUGUGGUCAAGUUGGAAGAGAAGCCCUGGCUUUUCCUGGCCCUAGGUGCUGCAUUCUUAAUUCUUGUUUCCUCCUGACAACUCACGUUGCUACCCUGGUUCUUUCUUCAACUCUGUGAUUUAGGUGAACCCAGCUCUUGACCUUCCUUUGCCCCCUGGCUGUCUUCUUCCCUCUCUUUUUAGACUCUUAUUUAUUCCAGCCCCUCUGAACCAAUGUUGUGAUUGAUGAAGGCCAAUCUUGUUUCCUUCCAUCUAGUACCUCUACCAUUCUCCCUGGACCCUUCCCUUCCCUGGCCAACACAUAACUGUAGUGUCAGAUCUGGUAAAUAAAUGGCCAUUCUACCCAGAUACAUUCUGGCUUACUUGGGACAUCAGAUUCCGUAGAAUCCUUAGUUCAGGAAGGUGCUUGGGAAAGGGAUGUGGCCUGAGUCUUUUUUCCUGCAAGCCCCAGGGGACAGUAUCUAAUAAAUAUUCUGAGCGUA